AUGGUCAAUUUUGGAGCGCAAUCGAUUCGGCAGACGCUGGUCCAGCUUCUGGGCUUUGCCGCCAUCUUCACCUCAUCCUACAUGUUCUACAAGGGCCUGUCUAUUGUUGCCAACAGCGAGUCUCCUCUAGUGGUGGUUCUUUCGGGAUCCAUGGAGCCGGCGUAUCAGCGAGGCGACGUGUUGUUGUUGUGGAACCGCCAGAAACACGUGGAUGUUGGCGAAGUGGUGGUUUACAACAUUGAUGGCCGGACAACUCCGAUUGUCCAUCGGGUUCUGCGAUCGCAUGCGUCGGACAACAAACAGCUGUUGCUGACCAAGGGCGACAAUAACGCGGUGGAUGACGUGUCCUUUUAUGGCGGACGAAACCAGUAUCUGGACCGCGAGAAGGAGGUCGUUGGAGUGGUCAAGGGCUAUCUUCCGUUGGUGGGAUAUAUUACCAUUUUGUUGGCGGAAAACCAGUACUUCAAGUACGGCUUGUUGGGUAUUACUGGCUUGUUGGCUUUUAUUCAGGGAGAAUAG